UGACGACUUUAUGGUGUCGAGAAGGUUUUCAAGUUUUCUUUGGAGGCUCGGAAAACGACGCGUCAUGCCCCGCCCCUCCGACGGUGUGCGUAGGGUUACACCGCAAGACUGAGAGAGAAGAGGAGCUUGGUACUUUUUUUCUCCACUGUCUGCGUCUCUCCUCGCCUCCGUGAACGCGUUUUUCCGCGGUUUCCUGCAUUUCUUUCGCGUCGUUCAAGCGGACUCGGAGACAUUUUCCUUCAAAGGAUGACGGGAGCACCCGUCCGUCCUCGUCUUCUUUUCCCUCGCUCUUCUCGCGCAAGUCGAUUGUCCAGCUCUCGCUGUGUGUCUGCCGAGACCUUCGUUUCGUUGAGGGCAGCGUCUGCCGUUUCCUCUCGCGAUCCACGCCUCGCUGUAUCCGCCUUUGCUCUCUCGCAAAAAUGUGAGAUUUCCCCGAGACGCGAUACACUCAGCGCCUCCGGAGACCAAGCGCAUCGAUGAUCACGCUUAUUCUCUCCCGCCACCACUAACGCGUUUCCUUCUUCGGUCUGUGUUUUCCGAUACUUGCUUCGACGGGAUUCGAACAGCUCUUCUUCGCGCUUCCUUUCUCUUGCUUCGCCGCCCUCAAAAAUCUGCGUAUAAAGAGAACCUCAGAGGAGCAACCGCUAGCAAGCAGCCUGCAUCCGCAGAGAGAGGAAAAAGACGAGGACCCGCCGGGGCAACUCGGAUCUCCUUUCCGGGGAAACAUGACGCAGAAGAACGUCGAAAGGAUCGUCCAUUCCAGCUGCGCUUGCGACAGAGGAGACGAACGAUAGUCGCGUCUCCCGCCACGGUGUUCUCGUCUCUCCUCUUUGCUUUUCUCUCGUUGACUUCCUUCGUUUCUCCUCUCCCCGCAAAAUGCCUCGAACGAAGGUGCGUCCCUCUCCGCUCUCGCCUCUCUCUUCUUCUCUCCACUUGUCUCCACCUGCGAAGAAGGCAGAAGCGCCUCUUGACUCCGACAAAGCGAGCGACCCCCAAGGAGAAACGAGCGACCGACAUGGAGCAGGGAGACACGCGAAAGAAGAGAGAGAUGGAGAAACGCGAAGUGGAGAAGAGAAAGAAGGAGACGGGGAUGGAGCGGAAGCGCAGAGAUCAACGUCGGAAGAAGAAGAAGAAUCACGGGGCGACGAGAGUGGAAAACGAAUCACCAGGAGAAAGAAAUCCCGAGGAACGAGACGAGCUGGCGGCCGACAGAGACAAGCCGAACAAAAAGAGACAGAGACCCUCCCCACAGGCUGGGCGUCUCCUCUUCUCGCUCGGAGGUGCAUGCGAGCUGCUGCCGAAGCAGCCAAGGCUCAGGGGAUCAACGUUUCGCGGCUGUCGGCCGAGGACUCGUCGUCUUCUCACUCCUCUUCUCUCUCCUCUUCUCUCUCCGCCUCUCUGCAGGAGACAACUGGAGAGAACGAGCAGCCGGAGAGCGGAGAGGUCCUUUUCUCUUGGCGCGUCUCUGGCCUGGCCCGUCAAGGUUUCUCGAGAGAAGCAUCGAGAGACAAAGAGACAGGAGACAGUACACGGAGCAGAGAGGAGCGCAGGAUCCCUGGAGAACAGGGAUGGAGAGGUCAGAGGACUUCGACAGGACAACAGAGAGAGGAAGAAAGACAAGAAGAGACAGAAACUGUCUCAGAGGCUGGUGGAAGGAGUCAGACUCGCGACGCACUGGAGCAGGCAGAGUUCUUCGGUGUUUUUCUCUCUCGAACAGGAACCGGCGACGAAGCCUGUGCGUCUGUGGCCAUCUACGCCGACGCUCCUUCUUCCGCUUCCUCUGUUUCCACUGCCUCCUCUCUUUCUUCUCUCUCUCCGAGUUCUUCUCCAGUGUGUGUCGCUUUCCACUCCGGCGUCAACUUUUCGCAGCUUCACCCUUCCCUUCCAGCAGAUCUGCUGCCUGCCUUCCUUCGCCUGGUCCAGCCACCCAACCUCCACGCUGCUCCGCUGCUUCUCCUCACUGCCCAUGCCGUCUCUCCGCCUUCGUCUUCCUCUUCUUCUUCCUCUUCUUCCUCCUCUCCGUCUCUGUGCUCUUCUUCUCUUUCCUCUUCUGGAGAGAGAGGAGAAGAAGAGGAAACGACCGUGUGCGAAAUCGUUCUGUCUGUCGUCUUACCUCCGCCCUCUCGCCAGGCGCUCGACCGACAAGGCGCUGACGCGCUGCGGCUCUUCUUCAGCUGGUUCGACUCCGCAGCGCUGCAUGCAGCACCGUGUUGUGCUCUUCGGAGUUCGUCGCCAGCGCUGAGGACAGACGGAGAAGAAGGAGCUGCGCCGCAUGAACUCGCGAGAAAUAGAGAAGAGGCAUCCGCUGAGGAGACACAGACGCGAGAGGGGGAGAGGCUGCAUCCCUCUUCGGAUGCACCAGACGAGAACACCCUCUUCAUCGAGCCUCAGUUUCUUUACGACUGCCUGGUACGAGCCUGGAAAUGCUUUGCGAAACAAAGCGCUGCCUCUUCUUCCGAAGCCAAUUCGUCUUCUACCUCUCCUUCGUUUCCAUUUUCGUCUUCUUCCUCUGCAUCUUCGGCUGCUGCACCUGCUGCCUCUUCUUCUUCUUCGUUUCACCCUUUUGGAGAGCUCCCUUCAUUUGUGUCACCACCGGGUCUCAGGUGCUCUUUGAGGCCGUACCAGCAGCGGGCGGUUUUCUUCGCGCUGACUCGCGAGUGGCGUCAUCUCGCCUCCCUUGAGCUUCGAGAAAGUGAUGGUCGACUACCUCUCGUCUCUUCAUCUUCUUAUUCUCGUUUUCCCUGUCCGCGACCUCUCUCCUCUAGUUCUUCCUCCUCUCCCUCUUCUGCCUCCUCUCUCUCUUCUUCCUUCUCUCCUUCUUUCUCCCCUUCUUGCUCUGGCGCUCUGUCUGCUGUGCCUGCCUUGCCCGGCGCGAGAGGCGACUGUGGAGAAGCGGACGCUCCGCUGCCGAGUGUACGUACACCGCAAGGGCGGCCAGCGCCAGACUUGCAUGCGCUGCGGGACUGGACCCUCCGGAGGCUUCGACUUCCGCCGCAGCGCGUGAACCUCCUUUGGCUGUAUGUUCCUCUUGCGUCGGGUCGCGUCCUCGCCUUCGAUUCUCUCUUCGGCAGAUACAAAUUCCUAGGCCGGCCGAGAAGGAAGGCGGAAAGUGCAGUCCGCGAACCACACAGGGAAAACGAAGGAAACGACGUCUCGGAACGAAUGGGCGAUGAAGACAGUCGAGGACGAGUUGAAGGAGGACGCAGUGGAGUUGAAGACGAAGAAGAAAGAAAGGAUGGCAGAAAAGAAGAAAGAGCCGGAGAGCGAGAUGCACAGAGGAAAGCGAGAGAACAGGAGAGAGAAGAACAAGAAGAACAAGAAGAACAAGGAGAGAGUGAAGAUGAAUAUGCUUGUUUUGAUGCCCCUGGCGGGAUGCUUUGCGAUCAGAUGGGCCUUGGAAAGACCGUGGAAGCGAUCGCAUUGAUAUUGUUGCAUCCAGCUCCUUUCUCUUCUUCCUCUUCUUCUUCACCUUCUGCCUCGUCUUCUUCACCUUCUUCCUCUUCUUCUCUUCCUGCUUUCUCUUCUUCUGCCCACAUGCCUUUCUUCUCGCGAGAAGAAGAUCUGCCGCCGAACGCCGUCUUUGACUGUCCAUGCGGCUUUGAGGGCAUGCGAAUUCGCUUUAGGGUCAGUGACAGUUGUUCGGAGAGUUUCGCCGACCGCGACGUUCCUCUAGAGACCGACGCGGGCACUGGAGACAGAGAAGCUCUGCCAGUGCUUCUCCCGCUUGGCUCCUCGGCCGCGCAGUCUGGAGCGCAUGCGGCGAAGAACAACGCUCGGCGCGCAUGCACAGUCCGCAGAGGCGCGAAGCAGAGCCGGGAGAGUCCUCUGGAAGAGGCAAACACGUCUGUGGCCGCUUCGGCGGUUGCGAGCAGAGACGAGGGAACGCGGAGCGCGAGGGGGGAGGAGGACCGUGAGGACGCCCAUCGCGAAGGAGGCGCGAGGAAGCGACAGAAGCUGCGAGGGCGGGCAAGCCUGCCCUUGAAAACAGAAGAAAAUGGCCGGAUCCCAGCACUGCCAGCUUCUCUUUCGUCGAGGGAGUUCUCGAGCCAUCGAGGCGACGCGGCAGGAAAGACCGCGAGGCUCAGCGAGACGAGAGAGAAGUUGAGCGACGAGAAGAAAGCCAGGAAAUACGACGACUGGGAGCUUCUCCUGCCCGUCAUCCAGUGCGAACAGUGUCGCGCGCUGAGUCACCUUUUUUGUCUCGGAGUGACGCCCGAGAAAGCGGCGUCUUUGCUACGAAACUUCACAUGCGUCUACUGCGAGUCGGCGCCUCUCUUCUCAGGCCCGGAGGCCGGCAACUCCGCGCGCGACUCGUCUUCUUCGCGUCUGGGUUUGCGGGAGGUGACGGGGACUCUCGUCCUCUGUCCGGCUGCCAUUCUUCAGCAGUGGAGAGAAGAAAUCGAAAAGCACACGGAAAAAGGAUCUCUGAGGCGCACAGCGAUCUAUACGGGACUCAAGCAUGCGAGAGACACCCUGAGAAAACAGCUUCUCGACUCCGCUCGAAGACGCUUCGCCACACACAUGACGCGUCAGAAACAGCUGACGGGGCUGUUUCCUCUCCCGGUGUCAUCUCAUUCUCUCGCGUCUUCAUCUCACUCCUCCGUUUCUCCCUCUCAUUCUCUCGUGUCUGCAUCUACUUCGUCUACAUCUGAUUCCCUCGCUGUAUCUGCUCCGUCGGACUCUGCAUCUUCGUCUGCCGCCAGCUUCCCUGAAAACUGGUUGUUGGCCGACGAAGAAGAGAUGGUUCUCAUUCGCCCAGAGCAGUUGGAAGACGUCGACAUUCUCCUCGUCUCCUACGACACCCUGAGAGAAGAACUUUGGUUUGCUCCCAGACAGUGCCGCAGUCGCCAGUAUGGAGGUUCCGCCUCUUCCCGGUUCUCUCCUCUUGCCUUCUCUUAUGUCUCUUCUCCUCUCUCUUCUUCUUCUCCUUCCUCGUCGCGUUCUUCUUCGUCCUCUUUCUCUUCGUCGCGUGCUUCGUCUGCCUCAGGGGAGGAUGGCGCAGACAGAAGGGGAGUCAGCGGUGCGUUCUCGCACGAAGCUUCGGUGGACCUAAGCUCCUCGACGCAAGCAGUCUCUUCUUUUGGGCUUCGGAGAAGGAAGAGGUACCGCCUGCUAGCGUCGCCUCUCCUUCGCGUCCACUGGUGGCGGCUCCUCAUCGAUGAGGCGCAAAUGGUGGGAGGCUACACGGUGGCCGCGCAGAUGGCUCGGGCGCUGAGUUCGCGCUUCCGCUGGUGCGUGUCGGGGACGCCCUUGCUGCACGCAACGAGUGCAUGCAGCAGCGGCUUUUGCGAGAACUUCCUGGGGCCGCAGGCGCGAGACGCGGGUGGGAAGAAGGCGGAGAGAAACGCAAGAAAUCUGCAUCUUCCCAAAGAACUUGCAGGCCUGCUGAGUACCCUCCAACUCGACGGUCCCGACUGGAUGCGCGACUCCGCAGUGCUGCAGCAAGUUUUCCAACCUCUCUCUGUCGGACUCCCGUGGUCGCUCAUCCUGCUUCCACCAGACGCUCAGCCCUGCUCUCACGCUGGGUCCUCUUCCUCUUCCUCCUCUCUUUCUGUCUCUUCUUCUUCCUCCUCUCUUUCUCUCUCUUCGUGUUCGUCUUGUGCGUCUCUCGCAUGGAUUACGAGGCGACAGCGAAGCAGCUGGUCACGCCAGGCAGCGCCGGCAUGGCUGCCGCCGGAGCGCGCUUGGGGUCGUGCGUCUUCCCGUCUGUACAGCCUCGUCGAUCUCCUCUAUCCGCUCUUCUGGCGGACGAACAUGAAAGAUGUGAUGGGGGAGUUGGGAGUUCCUCCGCCGAUUGUGCACAACGUCUUUGUGGAGUUCGGUCCCGUCGAGCGCGUUUUUUACCAGCAUCAGCAACUCGCAGUUCGGCAGAAGAGCGCCUCUUUGCUUUCCUUCUCCGCGUCGUCUUCUGGCGCCUACGUCUCCGACAGAGACUGGGAGACAGCUGGUGCCUCUGCUCACGCGAGAGAAGGCAAGAAAAGCGUAUCGGUCACCAAACAGCUGGACAGCCUUCUGCUCACGCUUCGACAGGCUUGUCAACAUCCUCAGCUGGGCCAGCUGGGCCUCAAGAAAAGACGCGGGCGCGCGGAGACAGGCGACUCUGUCGUGUUUCGCCGCGAGGUCCGGCGACGGUGCAGAGGUCGUCGAGGUGCAGGCAACGUCAGGGAGCCUUUUUCCUCGCGUCCGGACACAAGUCGACAUAGACAAGGUCUCGCCAUCGAGGACGAGGCCGACCGACGACUCCGCGACCUGCCUGAAACGGAGCUCGCGACGGAGUUCAUGCUCAUGGACGACGUCCUCUCCAAACUCAUUCACGAAGCCAAGCUGCAAGCGGAAGAGCACCUGCGAAGACACUGCGCAGCGACGAAUGGCCUCGCCGGCUUGGCGGUGAUUCGUGAACGCCCUCAGGAAGCGCUUCAUCACUACAGACAUGUUUUGACCCUCGCUCGCGCAUCUUCGUCUGCCCCUCUCUCGAGCCAAGGCAUCACGCCCCCUCACACCUCUCCCUCGAGGUCUUCUCGUUCCUGCUCUUCUUCCUCUUGUCCGUACGCUUCCUCUUCUUGGGAAGGCGUUUCACUGACUGCCGUCCGCCGUUUGUUUCCAGAGCUGGACACGCAUGAAGAAGAGUUUGGAGUGUGGGGCGUGGAGCGCCUGAGUCGACAGGUCGCAGGUUUUUACCAUGUUGACAGUCUGCAGCAGAUCCACGCUGCUUUCAAUUUGGCAACUCUCCUCGAGAGUCACUUGCGCGACAUUCUCCCCUUUCUUCUGGAACAGGCAACAUCCUCGGCUUCCUCAGACUCCUCGUCUCUCGAGCGAUGUUGCGAGACACAAGAGAAAGAGAUAUCCUCGGACGCCUCUGCGCAAGACGUAUGCCCGUCUCCACCCUCCGCUGUCUCCUCGCCUUUUGUGUGUUCGCGGCGCUCGCACGCUUCCUCUGUUCUCGACAAGUCAAAUGGACCGAUGCAGACAGAAUUGCAGGAGAGAGAAGCGAAGGAGGCAGCGCUGAAGGAGUCAGAAGAGAAGGAGACAGGAAGGCAGGGGGAAACGAAGGAGACAGGAAGGCAGGGGGAAACAAAGGAGACAGAAAGGGUGGGAGAGACGAAGACAACCGAGAAAUCUCUCGUAGAAGAAUACAGAAAGUACGCGGCUGCGGUGGAAGACGAGCUGCGUCGCGCCCGGUCCGUGUACGAGACGCUGAGCUGUAGAUACACUCGGAAGUUCACGGCGGAGCUCGACAAGGCCCGCGAAACGUUCUUGAAAAGAAAACGCGUUGUCGCUGCGCACCAGCAGCGGCGACUUCGCCUGCUUGUGGGAGAGGAGAAGUGCCAAGACGCCAAGGCCGAGGGAGAAGACGGCGAAGGCUCUACGACAGAGGGAAAGAAGACAGUGAAAAAUCCAGAGACAGCGAAGCAUUCGGAGACAGAAGAGACACAGACGUGGAACGAAAGUGGCGUUGCUCAGUGGUAUGUCGUGUGCAUGAGUCUCGGAGAAGAACUCGGAAAGGAACUUGUAAACAGAGUGAGUGACGCUCUGGUCGAGUCUCGUGGAGGGCUUCGAUCCGCAGGAGCUCUUCGUUUUCCGACUUUUUCGACGGCUGCCGGUUUGGUCGCCUCUCUUCAACUUCAGAUGCGUCAACUCUACGCUGCGAGAGAAGAUCUCCUUCAGGCAGUCGCGAGCGUUGACCACGGCGACCAGCCGUCGGCAGACCUGUUGGCCGCGUUCGCCUCCUGCACAAACUGCAACUCGCUUUCUCGCGCCUUCGCGGCUUCUGCUCUCCAUCGCGGGUCGCAGAACGCUUUCCUCUUCGCCGGUGAGGGUGCAGACGAAACGAGCAGACGCGGAGAGGAACGAAAAAGUCGAACGGCAGAGAGCGGCGGAAGAGAAGAGAGAGACGGCCGGCCUUUGCAGAACGGCGUCUCCGCGGAGGCGAAGAAGAGAGGGAAGCAGACUGGCAGGGAGAGACACAGCAGUCGCGGUCGCUGUCGCCAUUGCCAGCUGAUGCCUCAGAUCGCCGCUCUGCAGUUCUUCCUCUACAGCAGAGUGGAGAAGGACGUCGGAGGCAUCGGAGAUGAGAAAGGCCUCGAUGAGGGCGGCUUCCACCACUUUGGCGAGAGCGAACUUUUGACGGUCAUGCGCGUCGUUCGCGCUGUCCUGCGUCGCAGCCUCAGCGAGAGUAUCCCCGCCCACCGGCGUCUGGUGUACGCGGCGGAGGAGCACAUGAAGGAACUCGAGGCGAUCAAAAAGGAGUCUAUGGCGGCAGAUGCCUACUUUUUCGCGAGUCGCCAGGUGCUCUCUGCUCUGGACGAGCUCCACAUCAGUACUUCGCGGUUUCGUUUGAAGAGCAGAGAAGAAGAGCUGGCCGAACUUGCUCUUCGUCGCCUGAGCGCGGGCAGGAAAAAAGGCCCUUUUUCAGCUGUCGCGAGUCCGAGUCCACUAGGUCCUGGAACUUCGGUUUCGCCUCCGUCCUUCGACGCCCUGGCGAUCUCCAGGGCAGAUGCAGACACCAUGAGACAGUCUCUUCUUCUGGAGCUCGGAGUGACAGCGGGAGACCUGGAGAAAGCUCAUCGCCAGCACCGUUAUCUCAGCAACCUGCGCGACGAAGAAGAGAAAAAGAACGUCAACGAUCCAUGCGAAGAAGAGGAGGAGACCGUCAGUGCACACAACGCAGACGCGGAGGCAAACGCAGCUUCUCUGGGGGAGAAAGAACAGGGAGCAGGAAGAGCGGAGAGAGAAGAAGGGAGGACGAGGACAAGCGAAGGUGAAGAGGCGCGUGAAGUCCAGAAAGAAAGCAAAAGCAAGUCUGAGGAGGGUGAGCAACCUCAUGAGGAGGAACGAAAAGUCGCACUAGCGAAGGACGAGUCAGGAGUUCGGGAACUCUGCGAGGUGGAGAGACAGAGAGAAGAAGGUCGAGGAGCGUCGGAGAGAUGCGCGUCUGGAGACCAAGGGAGCUGUGACAAGAGCAGAGACAGGGAAGAAGGUUCUGAGAGCGGUGAAAAAGUUGACGGUGAUGUGUGCCAGCCGUCGGAGGCGACAGAAGUCGCAUGGCAGCAUGCAAGUUCGCACUCGCGAAAAACGAGAGAGAGAGAGAGGCCUGAAGGUCGCGAGAAGGAAAGCGAGGAAGAGCGGAAGAAGAAACGGCCUCGGACCGAGGAAGAUGGAAGCGCGGGGACGAGCCCUAUUAUGCCGAUUCGAGAGAGACAAGGCGAAGAAGAACCCGCAGAGGACUCACGCGAAGCAAAGAAAGAGAAGAGAAGAGAACAGGAAAAAUUUUCUCCGACUCUGUGUCCCGUCUGCUUCGUGGAACUGGAGAAAAACACUUGCAAAGCUGUUCUCCCGUGUGCCCACCAAAUGUGCGUCGAGUGCACUCGCGCUCUGAGGACAGAAAAAGUCGGGAUGGAAAAGGCGGGAGCGUUGCCGUCUCCGCAUGCGAGUCCGCUGCUGCAUCGUUCGCAUCUCUCUGGGAGUUUCCCGAGGAGCGUCGCGCCUUUUUCUUUUUCUCCUUUCUCGGGGAGCAAUCGCAGCGCCAGUGUGCGUCACCUCCGCAGGUGCCCGGUCUGUCGCCAUCCGUUCACUCCUUCUCAGGUUGCCUACAUUUCCUCGGUCUCUCACUUCAGCGCGCGCCGCGAUUUCUCCCUCUCCACUCCCUCAAAGAAAAGAGGGGAGACAGAGAGAAAAGAGACCUCUGGACUUGCGCGGGGGUCUCCCCCUUCAGACAAGUCCCGAGGCGACAAAGAAUGGCAAGGAAGUGAAGGAGAGGAAGGAGACAGAGAGAGAAGAGGAGGUGACAAGGCGGAGACAGAGACAGGAAGCGCCAUGAGUGGCGGGCAGCGGGUGAAGUCGACAGAGGCAGAAGAGGGUGUGGAGAGAGACGAAAAAAGUGAAGGAAGAGAGAUGGAAGACAGAGGGGAGGAAGACGAUGUGGGUUGUCAGACUCCAACGGUGUCUGCGUCUUUGAGAGCGCGUCUGCGUCGGCGGUACUCGGCGAAGUUUGCGGCGGUCAUUGAAAGAGUUCUGACUCUCCUGCGGGAUGCUUCUUCUUCUUCUUCGACGCCUCAGGCUUCCCCCUCUCCUUCGAAGAUUCUGAUUUUUUCCGAGUGGCCAGCAGCCCUCGACUUGCUGCAAGUUGCCCUGAGACGCUCCGGAGUGGUGAGCCUCAAGUAUUUGGGUGGACACAGCCAGGCAGACAGAACGACGCUGUGGUAUUUUCGCAACGACCCCCAUGCCCGCGUCCUCCUCUGCAGUCUGCUCAGAGCAGGAAGGGGCCUGACGCUGACCGAGGCAACUCACGUGGUGUUCCUCGAAGUUCCUCUCAACCAUGCUGAGGAAGAGCAGGCGAUCGGACGAGUCUACCGCAUGGCGCAAAAGCGGCAAACGCAUGUGUGGCGGUUCAUCGUGAAAGAUUCGGUGGAGGAACGGAUUGUGCAGAUGCGACAAAAGCCGAGAGAUGGCCUGUCGGAACGGCUUGCAACUGCUGCUGCUGUGAAGGAAGACGGCGACGUACGAGAGGAAGGAGAAGAGCGCGAGGACGCCCAAGACGCGAGUACUAUGGACUCUGCUUCCAAUACUCUUCUUCGACUCGGCCAGCGACUCACCGCACGCGAUGUCGCCGUCCUCCUAGGUGUCUCUGAUCCUUCGUCUUCCUCUCCCUCCUCUUCCUCUUUCGCGUCUUCUUCCUCUUUCGCGUCUUCUUCCUCUUCUUCCUCUUCAGAUGUCACUGUGGCCGCGAGUGGCGAGUCUCUACGAGGCAAAGAGGGGAAGGUGAAAACGAGUUUUUCCCCUGGAAGGGUGGACGCCGAGGAGCGAAGAGCAGGAGCGGACGCUGCAUCUCAGAGUUCUCGCUGUUUGACGCCCUCGGAGGCCGCCGGUCAGACUGCAGUGCGAGUCAGAGUUGCAGCAUCGGCAACUCCGCCCUGGAAGAACAAUAAGAAGCCCAACAAGGAGGACGGAGCAGGCAGAGGCGAGAGCAGAAGCGAACGUGUGUCGGGAGAAACUGCCGAACCUCGUGGUCUGCACCUCGACGUAACUGCAGUCCAGCAUGCAGCCUCUCAGUCGCGGGAGAAAAGGCACAUCCACAGAUGUUCUUUUGCUGCGGCGUAAAAGGUUCGAGAAGAAGACAUGCUCCACGCCUUUUUUCUAGCAGUCAUCCAAGUACUCAGCAAGUUACGGAGAGACCGCGUCGAUGUACAUGAGAGUUUUUCGCGCGCUCAUAGUCUCAGUCGAGAAGACAUCGAAACAAGGAGAGGGUUGUCCAGGAGGUGAGUGAACCGUGUAGCUGAGGGAUCUUGUGUCUUCCGCGGCGCGGAAGGUCGGCGGAGUGCUUCGAAGCUCUCUUCCAACAGCUUUGCCGUGGAGGAGACAGAACGGAGUCGGCGGGGCAUCACAAAGCAACGCGAGAGGAGACUGUAUCGCUGGCGACUGUGAAAGACCAGGUUGCAGCAUGCGCCGCCUCUCCUCGAGCAGGAGGCACUCGGAGGAGGCUACUGUUGCCCCCGUGUCGACGCAGAGUUUGGGGGAAGAGAAAAGACAAGACACCUUCCACAGAGCGGAAAGAAAGCACAGAGUUGAACGAAACGAACUCGACGCUCUGCUGCAGAGGAACGACAGAUGUUUUCGCCUCGUCACGGUGUCCGCUGCAGCCUGAGAAAGAGUCUCGAGAGAUUCGCCUGGAUUUUUUCGCGUUCAGGACCUUCCGCUUUUAUAUCUGUGACGCACCAGAAACGAAGGCAACUGCCCACAAAACGGGAACGGAGGUGCAGGGGGGUUCGAAGAAUAUCUCUCGGUUUUUCGAGUUGUUCUCUUUGCUAGGUGACACCCACCCAGUGGAGUAAAACGCUUCAGGAUCGUGUGCUCCGUCUCGUGAACAUCGGUCUCUGAGUCACUCUAAAACGAAAAGCACGAUUUCUUCGUAUAACUUCACAACUGGCGCUCAGAUCACCUGCGGACAGUCGCCUAGGCGCAGUUGGCGCAUGAAGAUCGUACCUGCAUAUAUUAUAAUAACCGUUUUCAGUAUAGUGAGCGGCGUCAACGGCUGGAGUCGCUUUUGACAAGAAACAUUUACGGUUUUUCUACGCGAAUCUUUGUGACUGGUGAAUCGGAGGAACCCCGAGAGCCAGAGUCACGUGGAAGGACGAAUUUCUUUGAACAUGUGUCUCGCGCAUGUGAAAUCUCUGCAUCUCCUGGGCUGGGUUACCAGCACAAGAGGCCGAGAGAAAGUAGGGAAAAGUCGAUCGGGAAUGCAGCUCGCGCUGUAAAGAUCUUCGGCUGGCCAGCACAGCUGCACCGGACGGACAAACGGCCGUCUUUUGUCCAAGUUUUUCCGUGAAGACGAUAGAAAACAGGCGUGUCGGAGAACGGAAGAUCCCUCUGUGAGACCGACUUCUCCGUUCCGACAGAACGCGUACGAUUUUCGAAUUUCGGUGCCACACACGAUCUGCCUUUGUGUUCUUGUCUUGAGGGGGAAUGCGGAGACACUCGAAACAGAGGCGCAAAAAAAACUCAAGAAAGCAGAGGCCUCCUCAAAGACAAAGACUAGCAGAUCGUCUCUGUCUCGUGCCUUCCUCUGCUAUCGAUCGUGGACUUUCUCUGAGUGAACUUUCUUGAAAUCUGCAUUUACAGACGCACCGCGACCUCUCCUGUUGUCCUGUUGUAAGGUGACAGCGUUUCACGGG